UAAUACGUCGAAUCUAAGGCUGGAACUAGUAGGAGGAUAUAUCUUCAAGUAGCACACUUGAAAGAUAGAAUACAAUAAAUUUGGACUUGUAUCUUCUUUGGUAGAAUUAACUGAGACUGGAGCUGACGAAUACUGAAACUAGGAGGAAUACUGAGAUGCAGUUGCAAUAGUUCAAAAAGAUACUCUUCACCACUCACCAAAUAUGGAAAAAUCACUAGAUCAGGGAAGUAAGACAAAUUCAGCAACAAGUUUGAAUGUAAGUAGUUCAAUAUCUUACGAAUUGGAAGACAGAACGGAAUCUACUCAUAUGAAAGCAUUGGAGCAGUUAACAAGAAAAAUUGAUCAAAUUCUUAUAAAAAUUCAAUCAAUAAGGAAUAUAAGAGCAGCUUCAAAAGAAUCUAAUAUUAAUUUAAGCCAAGCAAGUGAUAAAUCUAUCAGCAUCAAAGUGGAAGAUGUUAAUUCCAAAGGAUCCAUAUUUAAUAAUUUGGAAAGUAUUGAUAAUCAAAUAGGGACUGCACAUUUGGAAAUGAUUAAUUUUCUUGAUGAACUGAUAAAAUCAAAAGAAAUUUCGAAAUGUGAACGCUUGGAAGCAAAGAAAGAGGUUUUACAGAGGAAAACUAGUAACUGCAAAAGAAAAGUCAUAAGGAAAAUACAAAAAUGCAUAACAAAAUUCCAUGUUGAGCUUCAUAGAAAGACAAGAGGAUUGAAAUAUAGAAAAAUAAACGGAACAACCAAAAAACUUUCGAAUCGAAUAUCAGCAAUAGUUUUCAAAAAGCCACUACUGAAACAUAUGUUUUUUGGAAACAAUUCAAACGAGUUUGAGUCCAAUUUGAAAAAUGUUUCCAUACAAGAUUGUCGAAUGGAAACUAAAAAAAUGGCAGAUAUGUCACAAGUAAAUAAUGAUAAUGAAAUCAUUGUACUGUACAGAAGACCAAUAAUUAUUGAUGAUGACGACAGUAAUAAUAAUGAUAAAUUAAAUUAUGGCAUCCCUUGUAAGGAUAAUGAUGAUACAUACAAAGCCAAAAUUCCAUGUCCUCAUAACAAACAAUCUUGUUCAGCUCGUAACACAAAACAUGAUUUGAAGAGGGAAAUCAGGAAGAGAAUUAGAGCUGUCAGUGAAACCGUGAUUGGAAAUAACUCGUGUUAUGAAAGAUUAGUGACAAAAGCGCACUAUGAGAAACCCUCUUAUCAAAAGAAAUUGUAUUCAACUGCAACGCAAACAGCAGAUUCAGAAGAACAAACUUUGUGCAAAGUAAUUCACAUGAAAGAAUCUCCUCCACUCAAAAAUAAGAACCAAUGGACAAAAAAUGAUAGAAAUUUGAAAUCAGAUAUUGAAUAUCAUUCGAUAAAUGAUGUUAUGCCAAUUCAUAUUGAGCAUAAGAGAAGCUUGAGACUAAAGCAUGUACAACAACUUUUUAAGUACACAUUUAGGUGCUUAGACUUAAAGAAGAACUCAAAACUGUCCAGAUGCGUUAAGCAUUCUAUAAAGCACUCCUUUGAACGGUUAUGUAGAACAUACCAUGAACCUGUUACAAAAUAUGUAUCUAGAAUAUUAGAUUGUGCUUCCCUAUCGUAUAUUUCAGCAAGUUUGAUUUUCAAGUUCUCUAAUAUAUCUCACACAAAAGGUACAGACAGUAAAAAAAACAUUGAAUAUUGUAAAGUAUUUAGGGGAGAAAAUUCAUCAUACAAAUAUCUGAUACGUAGAAAACAGCUUAGAAAUAGAGAAAAGGACUAUUACUAUAAAAGUGGUGAGUUAAACAGAAUGAUUGUUAAGAAAAAUCCAACAACUCAUCAGAAUUAUAAAUUGAAUUUAUAUGAUACGAUUAAAUACUUCAGCAAAGAAAAUCAAUUGACAACUAAUAAUGCUUUUAAUGAGGUAUAUUCUACUAAGACAGGUAUGAGUUUUGACAGGGACAGAUCUAAAGGAAACCAACACUCAAAAUAUACAGAGUCAUUGAAUAAUGAUAAUAUUGUAAAUGGUGAUGAAAUGUUCAAACAAAUGAAUGAUCUAGCAAGAAAAGUAAACACCAUAAAAAAGUUGAUGGACAUGGGCUUUGCAAAAAGAUAUAGCAAUAGCCAAAGAAACUCAAAGAAAAUUUCACAAUUAAUAAUGAAAUAUAACUCGAAUAUAAAAACAAUAAUUAAUCGAUUCAAUAACUUGAAUAUGAGGAUGAGGGUGAUAGGUGUGAAGCAGACAGAGAUUGAAGGUUUCAUGAAAGCAUACAUUACAAAAAGUAAUGUAAGAAAUAGAUUGUAUGAAUCAAAUUUUAAGAAUUUGGGUAGAAUAUUAUCAACUUCUAAAGAAAAGAUCAGUUUGGAAGAAAGAUUCCACAAGGAGAAAUUUUAUAAAGCCAUAAACGAGCAAAACAACAAAUUUACAAAUUAUCAGAGUGAACUAGAGAAACUGAAUAAAGUUACAAGCAAAUUUGAAGAGCACUUGAAAGUUUACAAGUAUGCUAUCAACGUACUCAAGGAAUGCGCAAAAUUUCAUUCGAAUAAGAUUGAAAACAUAGAUUCUCUAGCAAAUUUGAAUGCAUUUCAGCAGUAUUUAACAUCAAAUAAGUUGGAUGAUAUUGAAGCGUUUAUCAAUAACAUACACACUGCAGUUCAAACAAGCACAACCUCCUUGCAGGAGGAUAUCUACACAAAUAGAUAUCUCAUUGAGGUAGGCGCUAAUAUAAUUGAAGACAAAGUGAAGAAACAGAACGAAAUAAAUGAGAAAGUAGACGAACAAAUGAAAAAACAGGAUGAUGAAAUAGAAAUAAUAUUGACAGGUAUUUUGGAAUUGAAAAAGCAAUUGGAUGAAAGAACAGCCCAAAUACAAAGAACCCCGUCAAUAGCAGAAAUAAUGGACGAGAGUAAUCCACGGACUCAAGACCUACUGGAAUUUGUUCAAGCAAUAGAGCUUUCUUCCUUGACAGUCGAAAUUUAA